AUGGAUCUCAUGACACGUAUCAUUAAUGUGCCUGCACAUCGUCAACCCGCCGCACGUGAAGAUAUACAGAUAGCACCGCAAAUAACUGUUCCAGAUAUACCAGCUGGUGGUUCAAACAUGUUAUCUGACGACGAUAUUUUCGAGUUACUUAAAUCACAAGCGCCUAAACAUCCAAUCAAGUUUAAUUUAAAGCUGGAAGCUACAUACAAUAAUCCGAAUGUUGAUAAUUCAACAGAGAACCGUUCAUUUAAGACCUCAGCUAGACCAAUUUUUUCCGAAACUGGUGUACGGGAAAUUGUUGAAGAAGGUAUUAUAAAAUUAAUGGCUGAGCAAGACGAAUAUUCUAGCAAGGGAAGUGGUUAUACGCUACAGUGUAUUGACGGAUUAUUAUUAGGUGUUUAUCAAUAUACGCCUAUGAGCGCUUCAUCUUAUAUUCCGUUACCGGACUUCAUCGAAAAGAAAAAAGCUGUAAUCAACCCGCAAAACUCAGACCAACAGUGCUUCAAGUGGGCUAUAUUAGCAAAACACGUAACAGGUUCAAAUAAACAACGUAUAGAAAAUUAUACAACUCACGAAGAAAAAUAUAAUUUUUCCGGUAUCACGUUCCCGACAAAAUUACAUCAGGUUAACAUUUUCGAUAAAAAUAAUCCUAAUGUAACUGUCAAUGUUUACGGACUCGAAAAACAUUUCCAACCACCGCAAAAAUUUCCAAAAUAUGAAGUGUUUCCAUUGAAGGUGGUAGAUGAAGAAAAAACAGAUCAUUUCGACUUGUUACUAAUAACCGAUGAUGAAAAUUCUCAUUUUACCUACAUCUCUAAUUUUUCUCGACUUGUACGAUCACAGAAAACCCGACAUAAAGCAAGCGCUGUAUUUUGUAAACGUUGCUUUACAUCGUUCGAAUCUCUAAAUAUUAAUAAAUACGAAUUAAAUGAGCGCAUACGAUUUGAAGAACACAAGUUAAUAUGCGGAACACAUAAACCAAUUUUACCUCGAAUGCCUGCUCCUGGAUCGAUGUUAGAAUUCGACUCAUGGAAAAAAACUCAACGACAUCCGAUAGUUAUAUAUGCUGAUUUUGAAGCACUACUAAGAAAAUCCGAUGAAAAAUGUGGGAACAAUACAAAAGCUAUUCAAAAACACGAGGCUAUGAGUUAUGGUUUUAUGGUUAAAGCAAAUAACGACGUUCCCGCAGAACUGCUUGAACAAUUUAAUAUUCCAACUUCACCUAUAAUUUUUCGUGGCGAUGAAGAUAAUCAGAAUGUGGGUGAACAUUUUGUGAAGAGUAUCGUUGAAAUAGCUGAAAACAUUGAAAAAUUACUACAAACCAACAUACCCAUAACCUUUACUGCAGAACAACAACAAGCACAUGAUUUAUGUAAGACAUGUAAUUUAUGUAAAAACGGUUUCUCUGUGGGGAACCAUAAAGUUGCUGAUCACUGUCACUUAUCGGGUAAAUUUCGACAAACAUUGUGUAAUACCUGCAACCUCAAGCUUCAAACACCAAAUUUUGUACCAUGUUUUUUCCACAAUUUAUCGAAUUAUGAUGCACAUUUUAUUGUAACUGAACUCGGUCUCGAUGUGAAAAAAAUUUCUGUUAUACCAAACAGUGAAGAAAAAUUCAUCUCAUUUUUAAAACACGUUUCCAACAACUUUUCAAUACGGUUCAUCGACACAUUAAGAUUUAUGGCUUCAAGUUUAUCAACACUCUCGGAAAAUUUAUUAACACCAGGGUUCGAAAAGUUUAGAGAAACAGCUAAACAUUUUAAUGCCGCAGACUUGCCACUCGUUACUCGUAAAGGUGUUUACCCUUAUGAGUAUACGGAUGGUUGGAACAAGCUGGAGCAAACCCAUUUACCAGAGAAAGCAGAUUUCUACAGUACACUAACAGAAUCACAUAUACAAGAAGAAGAUUAUGAACAUGCAAAAACUGUUUGGAGUCACUUUGGAUGCAAGACUUUGGGUGAAUACAGUGAUCUAUAUCUGAAAAUUGAUGUUUUAUUGUUGGCUAACGUAUUUGAGAACUUCAGAGACCUAUGUUUAACCACAUACUGUUUGGACCCAUCUUUUUACUAUACAGCACCAGGAUUCUCCUUUGAUUGUAUGUUAAAAUAUACCAGAGUCAAAUUAGAGUUACUCAUUGAGUAUGAUAUGCUGCUGAUGAUUGAAAAGGGUAAUUAUAAUAAUUAUAUAUAA